GUUAUUUCUUAAGGAUGCACAUAGAGGAAUGCGUUCUCCCUGUUUGACGUCACGAAGACUCAUAAUGGCGUGUGGCAGGUCAAAGUCAUUGAUGGCAGCAGAUGUGCUCUCUACAGGGUCAGCACUUUCCCACCAGAGCCCUCACAAAGCCUCCCUUAGGUCCCUUGCAGUGGUCCAGCUGCUCCCCUGAGACGUAACUAUUGUGCCCCCCCACGCUGCUGUCUGAUUGGCUGCCUGCCAGCGUGAGAAAGCGCAGAGGCCCACAUUGAUAUGGAGAUGCGGGACUAUAAGUAGGAGGCAUGAAGAGCAGGGAGAACACACUGUGCAUGGACAGCACACAAAUGCAUCCAGCCAUGGCACCUGCAAUCUCUCUGCAAGACUCACUGACUCCCACUCACAAGAUUCGAAAGCCUCUGGUGGAAAAGUUCCGGCGAGAGCGAAUCAACAGCAGCAUCGAGCAGCUCAAGUCUCUCCUGUCCGCCGAGUUCCUCCGGCAGCACAACGACUCCAAGAUGGAGAAGGCGGACAUCCUGGAGAUGACCGUUUGCGUCCUCAGGAGACUCCAGUCCGUCACUCCGGCCGGGGCGCGCUUUGGCCGGCUCGGGUUUUCCUUGGAGGAGAAGAGCGUGGCAGAGGAAGACUUGUCUCCUCUCAGCUCUCCGGGCCGCGGUAGCAGCAGCAGCAGCAGCAAGGAGGAGCGCUCGUCCCAAAGCGUCCCCUGGAGGCCCUGGUAGACCGACUCAACUGACUCCCAUGAGCCGUUC